UAGCGUUGCAAUUAGAUCUGAUUUAAUUUGACCCUAUUACAAAACAGUAGCAAGCUGCGUACUUAUACCAACCGAAACAAGGAUUCGUUGGCUCUCUGUGCAUACGUACACUCUAUGCCAUGCACAUAUCUUAGCCGGUGAAGUUCUAGGCGUGUGCUGAUGUGUGUUCGUGCCCGGUGGCGAUUAUUACGCACUAACGUGAUCUGAUCGUUGUUCGAACAAUCUAUUGUCCUAUAACAGGUGGUGUCAGAAAAUAUCGGCAGAGACAAAAAACAGAAACGUGUGUCAAUAAGUAUUUCCUAGGUGCUUGUGCUUAGGGUUUGACGCGGCCUUUUUUACUGGGUUACCUUGAUAGCUCUCGCGUCCGACGCUGUCGUCGUUAAUCUCGCGCCGAACCGGAAGGAUCCAUUAAGCAGUGGAAAAACGCGGUCUAUAGACGGCACUAGAUCACUAGCGCCGAUCACUAUUCUAGGACUGGUAAAUACCGCUCUUCAACAACACUCAUCGAACCUUAAUUAGACAAUGUGGGCACUCUUGAUUUUCGUGGAAUUGCUAUGGUCUCAGGUCACGCAUGUCCAAACGGAACAGCAAUCGACGACUGGAUACGUGACGUCGUCAGCGCCCACUUUUAUAGGCCCCCUGGUGAAUACUCCAUACGGAUCCGUAGAAGGAGUUCGAUUAGGAGUCGGUUCGAGCGAAGAGGUCGAAGCUUUUUUGGGAGUUCCGUUUGGUCGACCUCCAACAGGCGAACUACGCUUUGCCAAACCACAACCCGCCUUGCCUUGGCAAGGAAUACUCAAGGCGCACAAGAAGGGACCCGGGUGUCCGCAAGCAGACCAACGACUCUCCCGCCACCUUCGCCUUGACUACCUGAAUCAUUCGUCCGAAGAUUGUUUGAUGCUCAAUAUCUGGAGGCCCGUAGGAACGCUGGGUAGCUCUACGACGCAGGAUGCGUUGAAACCAGUGUUCGUGUUCAUCUAUGGCGGUAGCUUCCAGUGGGGCAGCUCCGAUUUGUUUCUCUAUGACGGUGGGGCUUUCGCGGCAGCGAAUCGAGUGAUCUUCGUAUCACUUAGUUAUCGUGUUGGCUUACUGGGAUUUGCACACCAUUCUGAGAUUCCGGAGCUGACUGGUACGGCUGGUCUUUGGGACCAGAAUCUUGCGCUGCAUUGGGUUCGAGAUAACAUCGCACUUUUUGGCGGUGAUCCGACGGAGGUGACAGUGUGCGGUCACAGCGCGGGGGCGAUUUCCGCAGCUCUGCAUGCAAUUUCGCCACAUGCAAAGGGACUUUUUCGGAGAGCCAUUCUACAAAGCGGCUCAAGCUUAUCUCUUAGCACAUUAAACAGGAUUCCACGUAAAGAGCUGGAGAAAGCGGCACAAAAUCUAGGAUGUGGCGGCGAUUCUCGGCAACAACUAGACUGCCUACGAACCAUCAACGCGACGGAACUCGUCCAUGUAGCUGACCUUCUUGGUUAUGAAGGCAUGGCACUUCCACCAGUCGAAUCCGACUACACUUCUCUCGAUCCCGCUCAACUCGAGCACGUUGAAUUUAAUGUCGAACAGCUUAUCAUUGGCACAAACCAACACGAGGCUAGUAUUUUUGCGAGACGCGCCUUGGACAGUAACGAGAACCUCAGGAAGUUAUUUUCAGGUGUAGGCCACUUGGUCUCACUGGUAGGAAUACUGCGUGCUGUCUUCCAUACACCGCUGGCUGAAAGUCGGCGUAUAGUGUCUGCAUAUUUUCCAGAAGAGCGUGAAUAUCCUGAAGAGGAAAUAGUGGACCUAAUUGCUGACGCCGCUACCGACCUUUUCUUUACGUGCCCUGCACACUUCUACUCCCAAGCUGCCCUUGCUGCAGGGGUUGGAGUUUACCGGUAUUUCUUUCAACAUCAGCCCUCCUAUAGUUUAUACGAGGACAUACCAGGAGCGCUUCACGGCGAGGAGCUACCUUAUACCCUGGGAAAUCUGAGAGUUCUCAAGAAACUUAUAAUGGAAGACAAUGUCACGAAGUCCGACGCUACCGUUCAGAAUUUAAAUUACACUACGUUUGAAGAAAAUCUUAUGGAUGAAAUCCUGCAUAUUUGGGGUACCUUCACGCGCCAGGGAAUACCCAUACUGGGCGACGGUAAAGCCUGGCCACGUUUCACAGAGAGUCACGCAGUCUUUAUCGAUAUCUCGGACAAUGGAGUAUCCGUGCGUAGGGGUAGCCCCAACAUCCAACGAUGCUUUAUUUGGGAAAAUGUCAUUAUGCAAAGGGCACCAUUAAUACGGACAGAGGGGCAAGCUAACGAUUACGCUUCCGACGAAGAAACCGUAAAAGAUUCAGAAAACGACCUGGCAGCAUCUGCAUCUGCCAGACGACGCGCUUCGGUCAAAGCUUGUAGUAUACUCAUGCUAUCCAUAAUAACAAUGUUACGAUUUAAAAAAACAUAAUGAUAGUUUAGGGGUCCAUUGCUGUGUGAUAUUGAAUUUUUGGUCGUUAGUCGAUUCUUGAGUGCCGUGUGAAUUUUGGCUCUGCAGUCUCUUGGACUGGAGCUGUGGAGUAUACGCAAUCGACCUGAUGACCAUAGAAGCUCCACACUUGCUUGCAUCGUUUUGGUUGGACCGAGAAAACGCUUUCGCUUCACAAAGGCACAACUGGUUUUCACUUCCAAAUGAAAUCUCACAUGUAGACACUAGGUACUAUCGUAUACCAAAUGUCGCUUCUAUUAUGUAUUAAAAAUGUGUAUAUAAAUCCAUAUAAACACAUCUGAUUCUUUAAAUCACUCUUAGUGUCAUUUAUCAUAGUCCCUGCAGACCCUAAUGCUUCUGUGCGUGAGGAAACGGAUGUUGAUAAAAAAA